AUGGAAGGUAUGGAGACGGCAGAGACUAUUCAACGUGAACAGCUGGAUCGCCUACGCGACUUUUUGGGACCUAUUCAGCCUCCCCAGCCCGACCCUGCCACUGGAAACAUAGCAAAGCGGGAGGCUCCAAUCAGUUUUGCUAAUCCGAAGGCGAAGGAACUCUUCGUUGACGGGACGAGGAUCCCCGACGUCAACUUCGACGCGGGCCCAUCAUGGUCAGGCUUGAUGCCUAUAUCUGGUGCUAAGAAUGAGACCCGCAAGCUAUUCUUCUGGUUCUGGCCUACUAAUAACAUCUCGAACGUGAACGAUCUCCUCUUCUGGACGAAUGGUGGACCCGGCUGUUCGUCUCUUGAAGGGUUCUUGCAGGAGAAUGGUCCUAUCUCUUGGUCAUGGGGUCAGGCAGAACCGACGCCAAAUCCUUGGAGCUGGACGAACCUAACGAACGUCCUUUGGGUGGAGCAACCCGUUGGCACUGGCUUCUCGCAAGGUGAACCAAACAUCAGCAAUGACGAUGAGCUGGCGGCCGAAGUCGCCGGAUUCCUUGAGCAGUUCCUGGAAGUCUUUAGCGAACUAAAGGGAAGCAACUUUUGGGUCAGCGGAGAGAGCUACGCAGGAUUUUACGUUCCCUAUAUCGCUAAUUUCCUCUAUGAACACCCGAAUCCGGAUCUCCACCUCAAGGGCAUCUGGAUUGCCGAUCCAUCGCUCAGUUGGAAUCUUGUGCAGCAAGAAAUACCCGCCCUUCGCUUUGCACAGGCGAACAAGAAUGUCUUCCCCUUCAACUCGACGUUUUGGGCUCAACUGCAAAACAUCUCUGACUCCUGCGGCUAUACUGACUACCUCGACGACUUCGUGACCUACCCACCUGCUGGACAGCUGCCUUUGCCUGUCGGGGCGACGUUCGACAACGUCACUCGGGCUGUCGGCGUGAAGCCCGAGUGUAGGAUACAUAGUCCGAUACAGCGAGCAGUCGGGAUUAUCAAUCCAGUGUUCGAUGUCUACCGCGUGACCGACACAUUCCCGAACCUCUGGAGCGUGCUCGGGUUCCCGCGGUCGACCCAGAAGUUUGUAUACUUCAACCGUACCGAUGUCCAAGACGCCAUCCACGCACCUCACGUCAACUGGGUCGCUUGCGGCGGCCCCGUCUACAUCGACCCGACGACCGGCGCCCCAGGGAACGACCAGAGCGUCGCGUCCACCCUCAGCGUCCUCCCCAACGUCAUCGAGAAGAGCGAGAGGGUCGCGAUCGUGCACGGUCUCGCGGACUUCAUCCUCGUCGCUGAAGGGACGCGGAUCGCCAUCCAGAACAUGACCUGGAACGGACUCCAAGGCUUCCAAACGCCUAUCGAGGACGAGAGCUUCCUCGUGGACGACAUGGGCGUCUUCGGCAACAUGCACACCGAGCGUGGUCUGACUUUUGUCGAAUUCUACUACAGCGGACACAUGACGCCCCAGUUCGUUCCGUGGGCCGCCUUCCAGACGAUCGCUUACGUUCUGGGAAAGCGCGACUCGCCCUCCGCUUGA